ACUCACUCCAGCUCAAAGACACUCUGGCCCGCCAAGCCCUAAAUCUCCAUCAGAGCCGGACCGAUUGAACCUUUUUUAAAAAAAUAAUUUUGCAAUCCCAUACAUAAAAUAACUUUGUUCUUUCCAUGGAAUGUCUGUUCUGAAUCGUAUCGAGAGUCUGCUCGAACUCUGCCAAAAUGCCUCGAUUGUGCUGCAGCAAAAAGCCGCUACCGUAAAGGAUUCUCAGCAACUCGGCAUUAUAUUGAUGGCAGGCAGGGACUUGCGAGCAGGCAUUAAAGACUUGGUCAAAAUUCAAGACACAUUUGAUGAAUCAGUCGGUCGACCUCGGGUUGAAGACGUAGCCUCGGCCGAAGACACCAUGGAGCGAACGAGAAAGUAUCUUCACCAUGCUAUGAAAGUUUCGGCAGACGACUAUAUACCAUCCCCACCUUUAUCGCUAUCUUCACUCGCUGCCAAGUCUCACCCGCUGGAGAUCCCUUCAUCCCCGUCCACACACCGUCCGAUCAACGCAGUAGACAACCUUAAGAGUGAGGAGGAUGUUGAAGAGUUCGUCGACGCUGUAGAAGACAUGCCAACUCCGAUGAGCCCUGCACAGACCACACAACUUGAAGACAACCUUCAAGGACUCAGUAUUGAAGAGCCUGUACCCCUCAAGCGAUCUAAUAGCAAUUUCAGUCUGUUUUCACUACCGCCUAAUGCAACGUGGGAUCCUUCAUCUGACGACACUGCCAAUACUGAUCCAUUGGCCAAAUCACUCACUAUCGAGGACUACUUUCCCGUGCCAACUCGUACGCUUUCAACUAGCCCAAAAACGUUUGCGUCGGCGUCAACACCUUUGCCGUUGUACAACUCUAUCAGUUUUUUGAAUGACGAUAAUGAGACAAACGCCCGGCGCAGUGACGUAUUUGCUUCCGAUGUUGUGGUUAGCCACCCGCUUCGAAUCGGUGUCGGAUAUGGCAGUUAUGUCUGCUACAGCUGUACCGUCUACAGCACCAAGGGUGCUUCCAUCACUGCCAGGAAACGGUACUCUGAUUUCGUACAACUGCGCGAGAGCCUUGUCGUCCAUUAUCCUCGGUUAAAGAACAAUUUGCCCAAAUUACCGCCCAAGAAGGUCGUUGGCAAGUUCACCCCAGCAUUCAUUGAAAAGCGCCGUCGGGAACUCGAAUACUUUCUCAAAUACGUUUCCUUGCACCCCACACUGGGUUCUAGCAUGGAGGUCAAACGCUGGCUCACCCAAUAAUACUGUGUACAUUAUGCUAUGCCAUUUUUCCGUUUCAUACUAUUUACCCCCUUGGAUGUCUAUUCGUCUUAACAUCAACAGAAUGGUCAGACUGUACUGUAAGCACACAUAAUACUGUCUUUAU